GGAAACAUACCCCCCGAACAGCGACAACCACGCGUUCAGGUAUUUCACAUCACUGCGGUGGGCCUUGGCGCAGCUAGGGUUCGGCGACUCGCAGAUCUACCCCCAGAAUUGGCUGGAAAGCCUGUUUGCAGUAUUUUUCUCCGUGAUUUGCGUCAUCACGAUGACCCAUUUGAUCGGCUUGAUCAUCACCAGCAUGAUCAGGCUACAAGACGGCAAGCGGGAGGUGACCGCGCAGGAGGCGGACAUGCGUGAGUACCUCCGCCAACACGAGGUCAGUUACGACCUCCAGGACCGCAUCUGGCAGGUCUUGCGGGAAGUGCAGGGCGACGCCCAUCGGACGAAGGAGGAAAACGUCGACCUCAUCAAGCAGCUGCCCAACAGCCUGGAGAUCGAGCUCCGUGCCGAGGUGUUCGUUCCCACGCUGACGUGCCACCCGUUCUUCGGCGUCUACGGCGUCAGCGGGGCGGACCCCCACGCGAUGUACAACAUCAUCAGGAAGCAGGCCUGCGCGGUGAGGCAGCUGGAGGCGAAGCAGGAG